UUAACGGUUCCGGCAUAAAUUAACAGUUACGGCCUGCAUAAACCAGCCUGAAGCCAAUACACAAUCGAUUCCCAGGACAAAGAAAUUUUUGCUUCUUAUUGGUCAAUCAAAUGCUGCUUCAUUUCGAUGAGUGAAUUUUCGAAUGCUAGCACGAAGAUAUUAGAUUGGUCGAUUUCUUCGCGGAGAAAACUUGAAUGAAUAGUCGGCAUUACGUAAUAUAAUAGUGUGAACAAGUUUUGCAACAGUUUUCGUGCGUGAAUCUUGUAAGAGAGGCAUUCGUGUCUCGUAUAUUGCAGAUUGCACACUGGAUUGCAUUUUGGAUGUGUUUUUUAUUUUCGGGGUGACAUAACCUGAGAUUGACCUAUCCUAUCACUAUCUGCUUAUGGCGAAUUAAGUUUGCGAGAUCUGACAUACGAUUCGCGCUUUAACUAUGUUACUACCGUACCUAAUAAACAACUGGAGAUACAGCAAUGCGCCUGAAGGCCAACAGCCGUUUGAAAAAGUGCUCGGGCUGAGUAAAUAUGGAUUUUGCAGUAGCUUUUUCAUCGGUGGAUAUGAUUGUAUAUUGGUAUCUCAAUCAUAUACCUUCUGGAAUGCAUUAAAUACCAUGUCUUAUUGGAUGGUACCUAUUACUGCCAUGUGUGCCACUUUUGCUUCUGUGGCAUAUACAGUGACAAAAAUUAGAGGAAGAGAUGGCUAUGCCAAUUAUAUUCUGGCUUCAUUAGCUACAAGUGGAGUCUUCUAUCAUUGGCAGAGGAACGGCGUGCUCACUUAUAGCUUCACUGUUGCAUUAAUUGCGUGUGCCAUGAUUAAGAAGCAUGGUGAUUUGGUUAAUUGGAAACCUUUCCCAUUAGACGCUGAAUUAUUAACUCAACAUACUACUUUCCCCCUUGAUUUUACCAUCGUCAAGGAUCCUAGGGGACGUAGGCCCUGGGAAUAAUGAUCUUUUGUAUACAUAAAGAAAAGAAUUAGUGUUGCUGAUGCAUAAAAUUAAAUGGCGAUAUGUUAUAUUAUACAUGUAUAAUUGAUGAUAUAAAGAGAUACAAAAGAUGUAUCUUUCAUUUUCAUCCUGUAUUUAUUCAGAUUCUAGUACAGUAAAUAAAAAGGAUUGUAAAA